AUGUGCAGCCAGCCGCCGCCGCCGCCGCCGCCGAGCCUCAGCCUGUUUGACGGCCCGCCGCCGUCGCUGCGCGACCUGCAGGACGCCCAGAAGGAGCUCAACGCGCUGCUGCUGGGCGCGAUCGCCGCGGCGCGCAAGGCGGACACCGAGGGGUGGUUUGAGGUGCAGGUGGACCAGCAGUACGUGCCGGACUACAACGACUGGGUGCCGCGGGACCGGGAGACCUGGCUGCGGCGCAUCCAGAAGCGCGUCCACAUGAGCAUGGUGCGGUCGACGGAGGAGCUGCUGGCGCAGAUGCGGGCCUUGGCGGACAACGCGCGGGCGUACAACACGCCGGGCAACGGGGAGUGGGGGUCGGAGGACGUGAUCCGCGCGGCGGACGCGGUGCUGCAGGCGGCGGAGGCGGCGCUGCAGCGGAUCUCGGCCGCCGCGCUGCCACACGAGCAGGUGAUCGCGCACCACUACGCGGCGCAGGCGGCGGCCGACGACUCGCGGCGCGGCAGCAGCAGCGGCGGCGGCGGCGGAGGCGCGCGGCGCGCGGCCACCAGCGGCAGCGGCAGCGGCAGCGACGACGAGUGGGCGGAGCACGACAGCAGCGGCAGCGACGACGAGUGGACCGCGCCCGCGCGCGCUGGCAGCGGCGGCGGCGCCGCAGCGUGGGCGCCCCAGCGGCUCCCGGCUCGGCCUGCGCCCCCGCGCGGGCCGCGACGGCCGCAAGAGCGCCCCACGCGGGUGUACCGCCUCGUGCCCGCGGCGGUGCUGCACGCGGGUCCCACGACGGGGCAGCGCGCCCCCGCAGAUUCGCGGGUGGCGAGCGGCCAGCUGCGCGUGACGAUGGAGGACUGGAUGCCGCCCCCCAUGCCCGUGGCCGAGUGGGCGGCCACCCAGGAGCGGCGCGGCGGCAUCUGGUGCGGCACAGCCACCGCGGGGUGA